UCUCUUCAGUGCAAGUCAAUUGAUGGUCAACUCAACCAUGUUAGAAAACACAUAGCGAAACUUCUUGGUAAUACUAAUACUAGUUACCUAGUAACUACCAACAAUCUGUAACCUUUACAUGAUGUAAAAGAUAAGACAUUAAUUAUUGGUUUAAGUUAGUGGCAUCUUUUUUCAACAAAAAAAUAAAAAUAAAAAAGGCAAGAUAGAGGAAGUGGAGUUUGAUUACAAAUUUUUAUAUAUUUGCAAGAUUAAACCUUUGCUUGUAGUUGGUGUUUGUAGCGAGCUAAUAUGUAAUAUCAUGGCAACCACCUCCUCCUCCUCCUACUUUCCUUUCACUACUGCUUUUCCGUUCACCUAUGAUGCUUUUCUCAGCUUCAGAGGUGAGGAUACCCGUUCUGGCUUCACUGGCUAUCUCUAUUACUCUCUCACAAAUAGGGGAAUCAAGACUUUCAUUGAUGAUGAGGAGGUUGGGAGAGGGAAGGAGAUCGCAUCCUCACUUUUCACUGCAAUAGAACAGUCCAGGGCCGCAAUCGUUGUGCUCUCUAAGAAUUAUGCUUCUUCUUCAUUUUGUUUGGAUGAACUUGAGUGUGUUAAGGGAAAGGGCAGGUUGAUUAUUCCUGUUUUCUAUGACGUGGAUCCUUCUGAUGUGCGGAAGCAGACAGGGACUUAUGGAGAAGCAUUGGCUGUGCAUGAGAACAAGUUCAAUUUAUUAAGUUCACUAUAUCAUAUGUUUUCCUUUCAGAUAGUGUUAAGCCUGUAG